AUGCUUGCGUCCCCCGAGGAGAUUCAGAAGGCAUUUUGGCGUCCCCCAGGGCGCGCACUAGGCGCCAUUAACAAGCGGGUGCCGCCUAAUCUCGGCGAUCAUGCCGAAGAGCUGCACUGGUCCUCGGUCACGCGUCACCUCCGGUUCCAAGACGGCACCUUUGACGAAUACUUCGAGAUCUUCCUGGACGGGCGCACCGACUUCGGUAGCUACUACGAGAGCCUGCGCUCGUGGUACUCCAAGCGGAACGAGCCCAACGUACUCUUCCUCACAUACGAAGGCAUGCACGCGGACGUCAGCGGAUCGGUGUUGAAGAUAACGCGCUUCGUAGACGCCGGCAUCGCCGACGUACUGGCGCGGGACGAGGAGAAGAUGAGGACCGUUCUGGAGAACUCGAGCGUCAGCAGCAUGAAGAAAGAGUUUGCGCUGCAGUUCGUCAGGAAAGGCACCGUGGGAGACUGGCGGAACUACUUCUCGCCGGAGCAGUCACGAAGACUGGAGGAGAGGUUCCUACGCGAGAUGGAAGGUACGGACAUCCCGCAGCUGUGGGAAGGUGUCAGCUGGCUUCUCGAUGAAACUAAAACCUGAACACUCUCUAUACCCGCCGUCACAAGUAUCUCGCGCGGCCACUGCUCGGACACACGUAAUCCUGCUGCGGUCACCCAUCGCGAAAAUGGUUUGCCUUUAACGCACCCCUCGAGAUUCCUUGCGCUCUGCCGUCACGUCGGCUUCACAGGUAUAACAAGCCUAUGAAAUAAAGAAACUACCGCUAUGAUUUCA